AUGAUUACAGCCCCGCAGAAUGGAAGAGCUACGCGCUCCUCCCUCGCUUGCUUACCCUGUCGUUCGCGCCACCUGAAAUGCGACGGAGAGCGACCGUGCUGCGCCCGCUGCGCGGAGUUCGGGAAGCAGUGCCACUACGCCCAAUCGCGCAGAGGUGGCCUGGAUCGCGCAGCUCUCGCAGAACGGCGGAAGCGACUUGCUGCGACAAAACCCACACAAGCUGAUGAAGGGAGUCCACAAGCAAGGGCGAUCGUUCAACAAGGGCCAGAAUGUAUCCCUCAACUCUUUGCGGAGGUCCCGAGUAGCUACGAUCUGCUCAACGAGAUCAGCAUUGGCGAUGGCAGGCCUAGUAUGAAUUCUCCGACAGUAACCCAAAUUGAUGUUGGCACUAUCGAAAGAGAUCAUUUGAUCGAUUCAUAUUAUAAAAACUUCCACACAUUUCACCCGUUCCUCCCACCUCAACGGCACUUCACCAGACUUUGCCAAGAUCCAAGUCGGCAGGUCAGCUUCACACCACUGAUUGCUGUCAUGCGUUUAAUUGGACAUAUUGUCAAAUCGCAUGAAUGGUCUAUUCCACUCAAGGAAUAUGCUGAGAUAUGCCUCUCUCAAUUGUUACCAGAAAACCCAAUCAUGGUCCAAUGUCGACUCUUAUAUUCGAUGGCAUUGUUCUGGUACGACUAUAAAGCCGAAGCUCAAGCGGAAAUUGAUCAUGCAACCCGUUCCGCUGUUGAUAUGCAGAUGUUUCUGCAAGAAUUCUCAAUGACACAUGGAGCCGACGAUCCCGUCUUGCAGGAAUGUUGGAGAAGGACGUGGUGGAUGCUCUACAUUGUGGACGCAUAUUACACUGGAACCCUCGGAACUAUGAACUUUGCAGUUGCAAACGUUGACGCUACGGUAGAUCUGCCAUGUGAGGAGUCAGAAUAUGAAUCAGGACAUAUUCCUCCAUCAAAAACCCUGCAAGAGUUUGACUGUCGCGAAUUCACCCAUGAGAGCACAUUUUCAUCCUUUGCGUACCUCAUUGGCGCCGUACGGUGCGCAGCAUCGGCAAUAUCGUCAGCGCCAAAGAUUGCAAAGAUGGAAGACUCCGUGCAGAUUAUUCAGGCUGCCGACUCCAGUCUGGAUGGCUGGAGGCUUCUAUUGCCGGAAAAUCGCAAACAGGUCAUGAACAAAGCAGGAGAAGUCGAUGAGCUUAUGUUUCAAGCGCAUAUGAUCGUCCAUGUUGCGACGGUCGGAUUGCACAGGCCGUUCUCAGACCUCAAAUUUAACACUGUGGAGGAACUCUCAAGCUGCGCUCGAGAACCACCUUUAGAUACGCCCAUACCCGAACAUGUCAACAUGCACACCGUACGAGUCUUGCGGUCUGUGGAAGCACAAAUCCGCCUUUUAGCACUACCAUUACGAUACUUUCACCAUACUCCUUUCACAACCUGCAUGGUCAGCGAGGGAACGCUGGCGCUCCUCUCGGCCUGCAACUUUUUGUUCAAGGGUAAAGACUUGGCAACUGCAAGAGACCAGAUCCGCAUGACUAUUGGUUGUCUCAAGACAUUGGGUGAUAUCUGGCCGCGGACAGCGAGGAAUGUGCGAGAAAUUCAGACCAUCGCGCAACAUGUCUUGGGCAUCCAGUCUAGUCUUGCAAAUAAAAGUAGCACUCCCAGCUCCAAUGCAGUUCCGCUCCUCUAUGGAAGUCAACGACAGGGAAUUCAUGGCUCGGACAGUGACUUCUCGAGCAACGACACCGAUAUUCUCCCUUCUCUAGAUUCCAUCGAGGACCUCUGUGGAUGGUACAAUCUUGGAGAUCUUGCUAGUCUUGGGAAUCUUAAUUGA